UAGAAAAACCUUUCAGAACAACGCAACACUGUUAAAAUAUUAGAUGCCAAAAUUUUAGUAGAGAGACUCCCAAGAGUCUCUUCACAAAUAACCAUGCGUUUAAUAAGGAUUUUAAUACUUGUCUUUUUGGUAGUUUUGUUCGAUCGAAGCUCUGCCAUAAACUUUGAUAAUGCCGGCAUAGUUCUUAGGGAAAUAAACAAGAGAAGAGAUCGUCAUGGAGUUCCAAACUUGGCCUUGGACAACGUGCUCAGCAAAGGAUGCCAAAGUUAUGCUUGGAAAAUGUCCAAGUUGACGAAUUUUACCCCUUCGGAUCCCACCAACAAGGAUUACACAGAAAGCAUCUGCAAAUUCAAAAUGGAGAGGGGAGCACUAUCAAGGUGUGUCAAGGACUUGUAUAAAGGAAGAAAAUUCGAUUUUUUAGACCCCAGGGCUAAAGAUUUCACUGCCAUGAUCUGGAGGUCUUCAGUUUCCUUGGGUUAUGGCGACGCUAACAUAAAUGCUCAACAAGGGAUUUUCGUGGUCAGAUAUACUCCACCUGGGAAUGUGAAAGGAUUAUACACGGACAAUGUUCCUCCCAAGAAGAAGAAGAAGGGGAAAAGGAGAAAGGAAAAGCCAAAACCACAACAAACAUAUUUCAGAGACUGUGGCAGUCGACUAGAUAACCGAUAUGCCAUAUUGUUGUCGUUUCUUUCCUUGGUGUAUACUAUUUGGCAAAAUUAGACUGCAUAAUCGAUAUGCCAUAUUGUUGUCGAUUCUUUCCUUGGUGUAUACUAUUUGGCAAAAUAAUGUCUACUAUGUGGCGAACAAGCUAAUCAGUCUUAUUAAUAGAACCGAACCUAUCCCUCCUUGCCAAUGAAAAUUAUCUGCGUAAGUAAAAUAUCAGUAGGCUGGACGAUGAAUGUGUAUUCUAUCGGCUCAGAUUGGUCAUAUCAUAUGAUAUGUGCAUGAAGGUAUUUACUUUCAAGUAGAACCCACAAUAUGUGUCAUCAAGUCCAAGUAAAUUUCCAAUAAAAUAUGAAACUUUAA